AUGGACGUAGACGUAGACGUGGACGUGAACAUGGACGUGGACGUGGACGUGGACGUGGACAUGGAUGUGGACGUGGAGGACGUGGACGUGGAGGUGGACGUGGACGUGGAAGUGGACAUGGACGUGGACGUGGAGGUGGACAUGGACGUGGACAUGGACGUGGACGUGGACGUGGACAUGGACGUGGACAUGGACGUGGACGUGGAGGACGUGGACGUGGACAUGGACGUGGACGUGGACGUGGACGUGGACAUGGACGUGGACAUGGACGUGGACAUGGACGUGGACAUGGACGUGGACGUGGAGGACGUGGACGUGGACAUGGACGUGGACGUGGACGUGGACAUGGACGUGGACGUGGAGGUGGACGUGGAGGUGGACGUGGACGUGGAGGUGGACGUAGAGGUGGACGUCGAUGUGGACGUGGACGUGGACGUGGAUGUGGAGGACGUGGAGGACGUGGACAUGGACGUGGACAUGGACGUGGACAUGGACGAGGACAUGGACGUGGACAUGGACGUGGACAUGGACGUGGACAUGGACAUGGACGUAGACGUGGACGUGGAGGACAUGGACGUGGAGGUGGACGUGGACGUGGACGUGGACAUGGACGUGGACGUGGACGUCGAGGACGUGGACAUGGACGUGGACGUGGACGUGGACGUGGACGUGGACAUGGACGUGGACGUGGACGUGGACGUGGACGUGGACGUGGACAUGGAUGUGGACUUGGACAUGGACGUGGACAUAGACGUGGACAUGGACGUGGACGUGGACAUGGACGUGGACAUGGACGUGGACAUGGACGUGGACGUGGAUAUGGACGUGGACAUGGACGUGGACAUGGACGUGGACGUGGACAUGGACGUGGACAUGGACGUGGACUUGGACGUUGACGUGGACAUGGACGUGGACGUGGACGUGGACUUAGACGUGGACGUGAACGUGGACGUGGACAUGGACGUGGAUAUGGACGUAGAAGUGGACAUGGACGUGGACAUGGACGUGGACAUGGACGUGGACGUGGACAUGGACGUGGACAUGGACGUGGACAUGGACGUGGACGUGGACAUGGACGUGGACGUGGACGUGGACGUGGACAUGGACGUAGACGAGGACGUGGACGUGGACAUCGACGUGGACGUGGACGUGGACGUGGACAUGGACGUGGACUUGGACGAGGACAUGGACGUGGACAUGGACGUGGACGUGGACACGUGGACGUGGACGUGGACGUGGACGUGGACAUGGCGUGGACGUGGACAUGGACGUGGACAUGGACGUGGACGUGGACGUGGACGUGGCAUGGACAUGGACGUGGACGUGGACGUGGACGUGGACAUGGACGUGGACGUGGAGGACGUGGACGUGGACAUGGACGUGGACGUGGACGUGGACAUGGAGGUGGACGUGGACGUGGACGUGGACAUGGAGGUGGACGUGGACGUGGACAUGGACAUGGACGUGGACGUGGACGUGGACGUAGACGUGGACGUGGACGUGGACAUGGACGUGGACGUGGACGUGGACAUGGACGUGGACGUGGACGUGGACGUGGACAUGGACAUGGACGUGGACGUGGACGUAGACGUAGACAUGGACAUGGACGUGGACGUGGACGUGGACGUGGACAUGGACGUGGACGUGGACGUGGACGUGGACGUGGACAUGGACGUGGACGUGGACGACGUGGACGUGGAGGUGGACGUGGACGUGGACGUGGACAUGGACGUGGACGUGGACGUGGACGUGGACAUGGACGUAGACAUGGACUUGGACGUGGACAUGGACGUGGACGUGGACAUGGACGUGGACAUGGACGUGGACGUGGACGUAGACGUGGACGUGGACAUGGACGUGGACGUGGACGUGGACGUGGACAUGGACGUGGACGUGGACGUGGACGUGGACAUGGACGUGGACGUGGACAUGGACGUGGACGUGGACGUGGACAUGGACGUGGACGUGGACGUUGAGGACUUGGACGUGGACAUGGACGUGGACGUGGACAUGGACGUAGAUGUGGACGUGGACAUGGUCGUGGACGUGGACGUGGACGUGGACUUGGACGUGGACAUGGACGUGGACGUGGAGGUGGACGUGGACGUGGACGUGGACGUGGACAUGGACGUGGACAAGUACGUGGACGUGGACAUGGACGUGGACAUGGACGUGUACAUGGACGUGGACGUGGACAUGGACGUGGACGUGGACGUGGACAUGGCCGUGGACAUGGACGUGGACGUGGACAUGGACGGGGACAUGGACGUGGACAUGGACGUGGACGUGGACAUGGACGUGGACGUGGACAUGGACGUGGACAUGGACGUGGACAUGGACGUGGACAUGGACGUGGAUGUGGACAUGGACGUGGACAUGGACGUGGACAUGGACGUGGACGUGGACAUGGACGUGGACGUGGACGUGGACAUGGACGUGGACGUGGACAUGGACGUGGACAUGGACGUGGACAUGGACGUCGACGUGGACAUGGACGUGGACAUGGACGUGGACAUGGACGUGGACGUGGACAUGGACGUGGACGUGGACGUGGACAUGGACGUGGACGUUGACAUGGACGUGGAUGUGGACAUGGACGUGGACGUGGACAUGGACGUGGACAUGGACGUGGACGUGGACGUGGACGUGGACAUGGACGUGGACGUGGACGUGGACAUGGACGUGGACAUGGACGUGGACGUGGACGGUUGUGGACGUGGACGUGGACGUGGACGUGGUCACAUGGACGUGGACGUGGACGUGGAGGUGGACAUGGACGUGGACAUGGACGUGGACGUGCACGUGGACGUGAACAUGGACGUGGACGUGGACAUGGACGUGGUCGUGGACGUGGAGGUGGACAUGGACGUGGACGUGGUCGUGGACGUGGACAUGGACGUGGAUGUGGACGUGGACGUGGACGUGGACGUGGACAUGGACGUCGACGUGAACGUGGACGUCGACAUGGACGUGGACGUGGACAUGGACGUGGACAUGGACGUGGACGUGGACGUGGACAUGGACGUGGACGUGGACGUGUACGUGGACAUGGACGUGGACGUGGAGGACUUGGACGUGGAGAUGGACGUGGACGUGGACGUGGACGUGGACGUGGACAUGGACGUGGAUGUGGAUGUGGACGUGGACUUGGACGUGGAAGUGGACGUGGACGUGGACAUAGACGUGGACGUGGACGUGGACAUGGACGUGGACAUGAACGUUGACGUGGACGUGGACGUGGACGUAGACAUGGACGUGGACAUGGACGUGGACAUGGACGUGGACGUGGACAUGGACGUGGACGUGGACGUGGACGUGGACAUGGAUGUGGACGUGGACGUGGAGGACUUGGACGUGGACAUGGACGUGGACGUGGACGUGGACAUGGACGUGAACGUGGACGUGGACGUGGACAUGGACGUGGACAUGGACAUGGACAUGGACGUGGACAUGGACGUAGAUGUGGACGUGGACAUGGACGUGGACAUGGACGUGGACUUGAACGUGGACAUGGACGUGGACAUGGACGUGGACAUGGACGUGGACGUGGAUGUGGACGUGGACAUGGACGUGGACGUGGACGUGGAUAUGGACGUGGACGUGGACGUGGACAUGGACGUGGACGUGGACAUGGACGUGGACGUGGACAUGGAGGACUUGGACGUGGACAUGGACGUGGACGUGGACGUGGACGUGGACAUGGACGUGGACAUGGACGUGGACAUGGACGUUGACGUGGACAUGGACGUGGACAUGGACGUGGACGUGGACGUGGACGUGGACAUGGAUGUGGACGUGGACGUGCACGUGGACAUGGACGUGGACGUGGACGUCGACAUGGACGUGGACGUGGAGGACUUGGACGUGGACAUGGCGUGGAUAUGGACGUAG